CUCCACGCCUCACAUCUCAGGCAGACGGUCGGCGCAGCCUACACCCCGCCGUUCGAAUUCAGGUAAGAAGAAAUGGUGAAGCAUAACAAUGUUGUGCCAAACGGUCACUUCAGGAAGCAUUGGCAAAACUAUGUCAAAACCUGGUUUAACCAACCUGCCAGAAAAACCAGGAGGCGCAAUGCUAGACAAAAGAAAGCUGUUAAGAUUUUCCCCAGACCCACUGCAGGUCCACUACGUCCAAUCGUCCAUGGGCAAACAUUGAAGUACAACAUGAAAGUCAGAGCAGGAAGAGGGUUUUCACUUGAAGAGCUGAAAGCUGCUGGUAUUCCCAAGAAGUUGGCCCCAACUAUUGGUAUUGCAGUCGAUCAUAGGCGAAGGAACAAAUCUCUUGAAGGCCUUCAGACCAAUGCCCAGAGGCUCAAGACCUACAAAGCCAAGCUGGUGAUCUUUCCAAGGCGUUCUAACAAAUUUAAGGCUGGUGAUUCAACGCCUGAGGAACUUGCAAAUGCAACACAAGUCCAGGGUCCAAUUUUGCCUAUUGUCCGGGAGAAGCCUACUGUUGAAUUUGUUAAGGUUACUGAAGAGAUGAAAUCAUUCAGAGCUUAUGACAAAUUACGUCGUGAGCGCGUGAACAAACGACACCAUGGUGCUCGUCUGAAGAGGGCAGCAGAGGCAGAAAAAGAAGAAAAGAAGUAAUCUGUUCAGCUGCUUAGUUAUUUAUCGUUGUCUGUUUCGGAUUUCACCCAAAUCAACAGUUUUUGAUAUUUUCAUUGGAAUUGAGGUUUUCUAUUAUCCAAACUAAUCACAAUAU